AUGAGGGAGGUCAAUUUCAGCAUUCCAAAUGUCAACAAGGCGGCCGUCAACAUUACGACUACCCUUUACGACCGACGUGCCCUUGACUGCACUUCAACCCUUCCACUCAUCAAUUCGCUCAACCAUCUUGCCUAUCUCACCACAUCGUCUGCGAGAAUUCGUGAUAUACUUACAGUCGACGGAGGGAUUGAGCAGCUAGUAUGCAUACUAAAGGAAGGGAGAAGCAAGGACUUGAUGGAGAUGUGGAAAUGGAACUUGGCCUUCCAGUGUGUCGUCAAUAUUGGAGUCCGUGGCACUGAAAACGUGAGGACGAGAGUUGUUGAGGCAGAUAUUGUGCCGGUCGUUGCUACAAUCCUCGAUAACUACAUUCGCGUCGUCGAUAAAAUAAGGGCACGCGCUGAUGCUGAAGCGCGGCGGAACACCUCGAGGGUGUCUAAAACAUCGUCCCGUUCACGCGACCAGACCAAUCGCUCAUCUUUCUUUGAAAGAGCUCCCACAACUUCAGACCAUCGCACCACUCGUCGACAAGCCCCACCCCCGUCGAUUGAGAUUCCUCAUCCGUAUUCCCGAGAUGCCCAACACGGAGAGUCUGGCGAAGUGGAAAUCACUCCGUCUCCUCAAGUCAUCCUAACGUCUCCCCCAGAGCGUACGACAUUUUCUCGUGACGCACGCAGCCACAGAACACAUGAAGGUCGCCAUCAGCCGGUAACACAUCGCCAUCGAGUAAUGCAGCCUCUGGCAACUGCUAUCCCUCCUGUGGAUGUCACAGCCGGUUUUGGCCUUCGACCUGUUCGUGAUGCCGAUAGGUUGCCGUCUGUGGUUCCAGGCCUGCAACCAGGGCUUAACUCCCAGCCAGAGUCACCGACCACACCCCAUACUGUAGGUGAACAUCAAAAUUCUGUUUCGCUGAAUGCCCGGCCAAGACGACGCCCUUCGAUUCGCCAACGACCUUCGGCAUCGGGCGAGUCUGACGAUGCAAAUGGAGAUGAUGUGGUCAUGGGAGAGGACCCUUCUCCACACCACGUUGCUGAACCUAUAGUUGAUGUGCAGAAUGGAAUGGAAAUCGAUAACGUUGGCGAGAGUGGCUCCAUGCUCGAUGGUAGUUCCGAAACCCAUCCCGGAAAUGGUGUUCCUGGCCUUUCGCCCGUCCGCCAAACUGCGUUGAACACUGCAUCUCCCGUUCCUCAGCAGACGCCCUAUCCUUUCUACUUGAGAGAUCGCCAAGUUCCACCGGGAGUUUUGACUGCGAUGCCACGUGAUGAAGAUGUUUUGAUGGCUUUGCAACUUCUAGCAUACGUCUCGAAAUAUUGCAAUCUGCGCUCGUAUUUCCAAAAGACACAUCUUGUUCCGAAAUUGAAAUUGGGGAAGGAUAUUCGCCUAUUGGACGAUCCAAAUGCUCCGUCUCAGCCUUCACUAGAACCGGAGGAGGAGGAAGAAGAAGAAGAAGAGGAAUAUCUACUUCCAGAUGACUUUAACAUCUUCCCGCUUGUUGAAAGAUUCACCAUUCGACACCACACCAAGGAUAUGCAAUACUGGGCCUGCGUUGUUAUGCGAAAUCUCUGCCGUAAAGAUGAUGCGCGGGGAGGAAUUCCUUUCGUUUUUAUAAUUCUCGAAUCACACGAACGAAUUUCCCUUAUCUUGCAGUAUGGGACGGACGAAGGCUGGCAGAGACGUAAAGCCACGCGCUUUGCCGGCCAUCCUUCUAGCUGA